GACCGUCGCCCAGGUUGUGUCGAAAGCAUCCUGGUGUUAGCAGUUAGCUAUCCGCUGACAAAAAAACAUAAAGUGGGGUGUAAAUAAUUUAAAAAAUGGGCGAAUCAUAAACGUGGCUGUAGUGGAGACAAAGAAGAUAAGGACCUGACCCAAACUGACGUUUACCAAAAUGGUUUGAUUGCUGAUAUCUGAAGAGGCCAGUUAGGUUAGCUAACUAAACAUUAGCGUUAGCUAACGUUCAAACUUUGACGGGCAGCAGUUCGUUAGCUAGCUGCGAGUUACUACUACUGCCACUCCAGUUAGCCAGGUAAUAUUUAUAUAUGUAUUGUUGUAGCAAUCAUCUGAAAUAAUUACCGUCGUUGGUGACUACGCACUGACUUAUAACGAGUUAUUUUGCGCACUCGUCAACGUAAAACUAGCGUUAUUACUAAGUAACGUCAGCUAACUUGUGGGUAUUGACUACUAUUAAGCAGCUAACCUAAUGCUAACGUUAGCCACUUAAACUUCACUGUAACUAACGUCAAACAGUUGCUCAAAAUCAGUACUGUCUUUCUCAUAGCUAACGAAUAGCUACACGUCUUGUGUUUUCUGAUUGAUUUCGGCCAAUCACAUGAGAUAAAUAAUGCGAAACGGCAGGAUGUCAAACGCCUGGGGAUUCACGUUGGGGCAGCAGUAUUGUUUAGAAAACACAGCUGUCCGCUCAUUCCGGUAAUCCUUGUUUUCUCCACAAUGCAGUUUGAGUCGAUGUUUGUAAUUGCUGAACGUGAAGUGUAACGUCUUGUAUAAACCAAAACAUCUAGCUACCCAGUUCACUUUAAACAGUCUGCAUAGGCUGUAGUCUACUUUCCUUUAAGUUAUGCCUGGGGACGCAUCUGAUAGUAGUGAUGACUCCGAUACUAAAACAAAUGAAAAGGCCUGUACCGUCAAGCAUCAGAUCACCAAUGCUAACCUCACAGGUCACACUGAGAGGGUCGGCAUGGAGAACUUUGAGCUGCUCAAAGUCUUGGGCACUGGAGCUUAUGGAAAAGUGUUUUUGGUCAGGAAGAACACCGGUCAUGAUGUGGGCCAGCUGUAUGCUAUGAAGGUGUUAAAGAAAGCAGCUAUUGUUCAAAAGGCAAAGACAACAGAACAUACUCGCACUGAGAGGCAGGUGCUGGAGCACAUUCGUCAGUCUCCUUUCCUGGUCACGCUCCACUAUGCCUUUCAGACGCAGAGCAAACUACAUCUUAUCCUUGACUACGUAAGUGGCGGGGAGAUGUUCACUCAUUUGUACCAGCGAGAUCACUUUCCUGAGGAGGCGGUGCGGAUUUAUAUUGGGGAAAUAAUCCUGGCUCUGGAGCACCUGCACAAGCUUGGGAUUGUGUAUCGAGACAUCAAAUUGGAAAACAUUCUUCUCGACAGUGAAGGCCAUGUGGUAUUGACUGAUUUUGGGCUCAGUAAGGAGUUUCUGGAAGAAGAGAAGGAAAGGACCUACUCUUUCUGUGGCACCAUUGAGUACAUGGCACCUGAAAUUAUCAGAGGGAAAUCGGGACAUGGCAAGUCGGUAGAUUGGUGGAGUCUUGGGAUCCUGAUGUUUGAACUCCUGACAGGAGCAUCUCCUUUUACCUUGGAGGGGGAGAGGAACUCCCAGAGUGAGGUGUCAAAGCGUAUUUUGCGCUGUGAUCCACCGUUCCCUUCUAUGAUUGGACCCAUUGCUCAGGACCUGCUGAGGAAGUUAUUGGUGAAAGAUCCCCACAAGAGGCUGGGCUCUGGACCGCGAGGGUCGGAAGACAUCAAAGCACAUUCAUUUUUCAAGGGACUGAACUGGGCUGACCUAGCACAGAAGAAGGUGCCAAGUCCCUUCAAGCCAGAGCUGAAGAGUGAACUUGACGUUGGGAACUUUGCUGAAGAAUUCACUGGGAUGGAUCCUGUCUAUUCUCCAGCAAGCACGCCACCAAGCACUGACCGCCUGUUUCAGGGUUACUCCUUUAUUGCACCCUCCAUCCUGUUCAACAAGAACGCCGUCAUGGGAGACUUUGUACACUCCCAGAUUGGUGCUGAUCGUCCAGCUUCAGCCUCUGUCACACGCAGUGCAAUAUUAGAGGAAUCCCAGUUUUUUCAGCACUAUGAGCUGUGUCUUCAUGGACCACCCUUAGGUGAGGGUAGCUUCUCUGUGUGCAGGAAAUGCCGACACAAGCCAACUGGACAUGAGUAUGCAGUUAAGAUCGUCAGCCGCAGAAUGGAGGCAAACACCCAGAGGGAGAUUGCUGCUUUGAGGCAAUGUGAGUCUCACCCAAACAUCGUCAAGCUGCAAGGAGUCUUUACCGAUCAGUAUCACACAUAUUUAGUGAUGGAGCUUCUGCGAGGUGGGGAGUUGCUGGAAAGGAUCAAGAGGAAGAAACUCUUUGGAGAGGCGGAGGCCAGUCAACUGUUACAGAGCCUGGUCUCAGCUGUCAGCUUCAUGCACGAGGCUGGAGUCGUGCACAGAGAUCUCAAACCAGAGAACGUGCUGUUUGCAGAUGAGGGGGAGAACUCUGUGCUGAAAGUAAUAGAUUUUGGAUUUGCCCGCCUAUGCCCUGCAGGCAGUGCCCCCCUGCAGACUCCCUGCUUCACACUGCAGUACGCUGCGCCUGAACUUUUUGAGAGUGCAGGAUAUGACAAAGCCUGUGACCUCUGGAGUCUGGGGGUCAUCCUGUACACCAUGCUGUCAGGCCAGGUGCCAUUUCAGAGUGAGCAGCGGGGGAUGACCUCAUCAUAUGCUGCUGACAUCAUGCAAAAGAUUAAAGAGGGCGAUUUCUCAUUGGAUGGGGAGGCCUGGAAGGGCGUAUCGGAGGAUGCCAAAGAGCUUGUUAAAGGCCUACUCACAGUGGACCCAGAGAUGCGUCUGAAACUAUCUGAUCUGAAAGAGAACAGCUGGCUGCAGGGCGGAGCAUCUAUGUCCACCACUCCUUUGUGCACUCCAGAUGUGCUAGAGUCUAGUGGGCCUACUGUCCGCACCUACGUCAAUGCCACCUACAAGGCUUUCAACCGUGGUAAGAGAGAGGGCUUCUUUCUGAAAAGUGUCGACAAUGCUCCCCUUGCAAAACGCAGGAAGCUGAAGAUGACAAGUACAGGUGUAGAGACCCGAUGGAGUUCUUCUUCUUCCUCCUCCUCUUCUUCCACUUCCUCCACUGCCUCUGCAACAGCAUCCAAAACACAGCCAAAGCAAACUGUGACCCCAAAGCCGAGCUAGCCUAAAUGGCCGGGGAGACAACAGUAAGAAAACAAAGAGGUAUGUGCUUACAGUAUAAGGGCGAUACAGUGUCCUCCAGUGGUGAUAGGGUCACCCAGUUCCAAAAGAACAUACUGACAAACCAAAAGACGGGUUUAGGUUAGUGUUAAGUUUUCAAUACAAAAUGGAAUUCCACAUUUUUACAGCAAAGCAGCUUUGAUCUCUGCCAUAUUCUCCCCAACCAAAACAAUUUUUUUCUUUAUAGAGGAUGGAAGAGAAAAUUUUGGCAUCCAUAAGACGUAAAUAAAUCUGUGGCCUUGACAAAAAUAUUAUCCUUCAGUAUUUACUUACCAUAAUAUGGUGAUAUCAUACACUAAAAAGUUAAAAAGGAGACAUUUACCUAUUUUCACUGUGGGUAAGAAACAGUGCCUGGCUAUAAAGGGAUAAAGGGAAAAAGGAGCCAUAAAUGAGCAGAAGCCAUAUAUACAGCAACGCAGUGAGUUUAUCAAUUGAGCCUUUGUGAAUACACACAAAUUUGCACAUAGCAAAUGAAUGGUCCUUCCAGGAAUUGGCGCACUUAAUCUUUAGAUAUUAUUUAGUUAUUUUGCCACACGUAAUGAUUGGCAAAAAACUGCAAAAGUUUGGUCACAAGUGCUGUGCCACAAGUCCGCACUUUGCUCUGUUAGAUAGUACUUUUGUGGAAACAUAUUACUUUUUUGCUUUUGCACUAUUUGCAGAGAAUGUAAAUGAACAAAUGGGCAAAUUGCUGGAAGGACUGAGCGCAGAGGGAAAUGCUUGUACAACCUUUGAGAUUGUAGAGGAUGCUGUGGUUGAAAUCUCUAUUGGAUGCAGUUUUAACUGUCAGUCCUAAGGGCACCUCCAAUACACUACCAACUCUACAGAUCCCAUUGAACACAACGUUAGGGCACAUGUCUUGAUUGAGGGCUCUGAUAAAGUAUUUUGGGCAAGCAAUCAGUUUGACUUGAAGUGGUUGCAGUACUAACUGAGUUUCCAACAGUAGCACCUGUAAAAACAGAUGAAGACAGAAACAGUCAUGAAAUGGAGUUCAGUUAUCUUGUCAUACUUGCUGUAAAUUACUCGCAUUAUUGUGCCGCUCUGAGAAUUUCUAGCAUGCUAAUCUGUUGUGAUGAUAAACUGUAAGAACUCUUUCUAUAUUUUGGUAUCUUGGGUUUACUAAGGAAAUGUCACCCAGAACAUUUCUAUGCUACCAAGUGCAGCUUGAGUGUUUGCACGUAAAUUGGAGCUAAAUCCAUUUUGGUACACUGCCUCGGGCUUGUGAAUUUUAAAAGGGUAUUACUUUUUUUGUCACCCUAUCAGACCAGCGCCAUAUGCGGCUAAUCACAAAUACAAUCUCAUUUGAUACAGUGAAAUAUUGUUGCUCCUCAAUUGUGCUCAGCUUCUUGUCACCUGAGCUGUAAGGGUCACUCAAAUAUGUGUUUUUACAGAUGUGGUUUUAAAACAUUGUAUGGCUUUGAAAUUUAAAUAAUGUUACAGAAUGAAACAUUUAAUCAUGACUUUAAUUUGGUUGUGAUGAGACCAUCCUGCAAGUUGUGUAUAUACUCAUCUUUGAUUUAAAGCAACAACAAAAAAAAGAUGUAUGUAAUGAUUUACAAUUGUUUUAAUGGUAUAUUAGUCUCCUGAUGUAUUUUUAUUGGACUUUUUUUUUUUAACAUGUUGCACAGUCCGUUGAUCAAUUAAACACAUUUCAGCUUUAAAGGUGCUUUCACUGAUAUUUAUUACAUAUAGUUGAUCUUAAUGCUGUGGUAAUGGGAUUGAUGAUUUAAUUGGCUCUUGUUGUAUCCCAGCACUGUGAGUGUGAGUGCGUGGGUGUGUUUGCGUGGCUGUGUGAGGGCAUGAAUGGUGCUGGGCAGUUGGUUGUACCAAUAUUUCUUUACCAGAUGAAGCAUUAUUGCAAGUUACUGUAUUAUUUCCUUGUUGUUUGCCGCCUUUGUCUGUUUAAAGGUAACUGGUUGUUUGUGUUUGAACAUUGAAAUUUUUACUUAAGAAACUGUGCUUUUAUCGGUGUUGAUAUUCCUUUGUUGUAGUAAAUGAUAUUUUUCCCUUCUCUCUUUUUUUUUUGAGCAUUACUAUUUUACUGAGAUGCACUGUCAAUGAUGUCGUGACUGGGAAUUUAUCUUUUGCACCAAGGCUUUUUGGUUGGUGCAAAAUAAACAUUACUUUUAAAUA